AUGACCAAAGGUAAAAAAGUCCCGGAGGAAGUCCCGGAGAAAGAGGAGGAGGCAGUUGAAGAAGAAGAGGAAGUUGAAGAGGAAGUCGAAGAGGAAGAGGCAGUCGAAGAAGAAGUCAAACAGGCAGAGAUGGAAGUGAAAGACACAACAGAGCCAAGAGAGAAGUCACCAGAAGAGAAAAUGACAUGGAGAACUGGCAUCCCCAAAUAUUGGCAUCCAGACUUGCCCAAUAAAACCACCGUGGGCUUUCCAAAUGGCGGAGUUGACUGCUAUCGAAAUGCCGUCUUCCAAAUGAUUCUACAUAUGCCAAUUUUCUACAAUUGGCUCACCUGGUACAAGGAGCACCAUGCCCCUAAGGGUCACGUUUGCAAACUGGGUUCAUCUGAAGAAGGUCCCAGCGAAUGUCAAGUUUGUCAACUUGCUGAGAUCUUUGAAGGUUACUGGGCAGGUGAAACUGAAAGUUGGAUGCCUACCUUUAAAUCCCUAACACACUCGCUCUUGUAUGGUUGGAAACCAGCCGGGGUAGACUCGGAACAAGACCCGGCAGAGUACUUUGAAGUGCUUUACAACGCGAUCAAAGAUAGCACCAAGCCUAUGAUAAGUUUGACUAUAGACACCAGGCAAGGAGACUUGGAAGAUAUCUUCCAGGUCGACAUCAUCACGGUGACAAGAUGCGCUGGGGAAAACCCUUGUCAACCAAAAUACAUGAGAAGCCCCCAACGGUUCAUGAUGAUCCACUUCUCUGGGGAGGAGGGCGAUGAACUCCCCGAGAAACCUACUUUGAGCGAUAUAAUCGAACAUCACUUUGACCAUAAAGACGAUUUCGUUGUGUGUGCGCAUUGUGGAGGCAACAAGACAUUCAGAGAACAAAUUGGAAGUUUUCCUGAGAUUCUCUUGGUCCAACUCAACCGCACCAACCAGGAGGGCCAGAAGAUCGACACUGAAGUAUAUCUGAGCGAUAAGUUGAAUAUCGAGACACGGUUCAUCGAUGAACGCUGGGGCAACGAACGAAAAGUCAUCCAGUAUAAAUUGAGCUCGGUGGUCUUGCAUCAUGGCCAGGAUGUAACACGAGGUCAUUACAGUAUCGGUGUCAAAGGUAAAGGAGACGAAUGGACCAAAGCGAAUGACACGCAAACCUUGGACUGGGACCCCGAAGGGCCGGGAGGCAACCCGGUCCAUCUCGCUACCGGUUAUCUCUUUGCAUACCGCCGGUUACCCACGAAUGACAAAGUACAGACAGCCACAGAGAGAACCGCAGACCACGAUGCCAUGGAAAUCGACUCCGGUCCAGGGUGGGACGACGGGGGUGUGUUUGCGGAUUUUGAUUCUGGACCAGGAUUACCCUCGGUGCCUGAGGGCUCUGUCCCAAUCUUGGGGAAUGAUCUCAAGGCAUUGGGGAAGUUCCUGGAUGUGAUGAUUCCCAAGGUUGUCGAUAGCUAUAUAGCUCGCUCGGCAGAUGCGAGACGCAAGGAAUUCGAGAAAUGGGCGAAUGAAUGGGAGAAGAAGAGCGGAACAGUCAAAGCGAAGACUUCUGCCAUUGGAUCUGCCAUUGGAUCUGCUAUUGGUUCUGAUAUUGGCACUGGUUCCAAUGGGGAUAUAGUCGACUGGACCAAGCAACGAGGACGACUUGAGAUAACUUUGACUGCAGAUGCGGGGAAAGGGUCAAGACUUUUGGAUCUUGAAGUUCAAGGAAUGCACUACAAUCGACUCAAGAGGAAGAAGGGAGAGAGGGCAGAAGAGGAGGAAGAUGGAAAAGAGAAGACAUAUAACAAACUGUUUAGAAAGGUUACAGGCAAAGCGAAGGAAUAUGGAAAUGGGAAGGGGAAGGGGAAGGGGAAGAAGAAGUAG